AUGGGACAUCAACAUCGAAAUGAUGACAAUGACGAAAAUGACCUCAAAAAUGCAUUUUGCCGAAGCAACGAGAUGUUGCAGUUUAACCUUGAUCGCAUGUUACAAAAAUAUGAGAACAUGGAACGAAGUGGGAAAUGCAGCGGCGUUGAGAUCGACCUUGAUGGCAAUGUUUAUUAUCCAGCUGGUAUGCCGCGGAGCCAGCUUGACCGAAUUUUGAAGAGACUGGUCAAUCGUGAUGAGAACUUUGGACUCAGCGCUUUUGCAGCCGAGGAUAAUAGUGCCGAGAUUUUUGGGAAGCAGUUUAAACAACGAUUAAAGGAGUGCAGAAAACUCGACGCAGAAUUUGACCAGAGGUUCAAAUCAAAACAUCCUUGUUGGCGUCCUUAUACCACUCCUCGAAAAUCUCGAGUGGAAAGAACAGUCAUCCGAAAAACCGUGAAGGAACUGACGUUUGAAAACUCUGUAGACUACCUCAACUACCUUAUGAAAGUGAAACAUAUACCUACGGAUUUAUUUAAACAACAAGAAAUCGCUUAUGUCAAUCGCAUGGCCCUACCCUCCACUGAGCUGGAAAUCUCCCAAGCGAGACCAGGAAGAGUAGCACGAACAAUACGAUCUCGGAGUGCUAGCCCGUGUACGCCAACAGAUAAUAGGACUGGUGCUGUUACAGCUCCUUCAUCCCUUAUGCUUCUUGGUGAUUCCUGCAUAAGAUCUAGGGAAUGUUCCCCCGUCACCGGCCACCUGUCCGAUGAGGAUUUUCUUACGACCAGCCAAGUCAAAGGUUCUGCGCCUCUCAUGUCUCUCGGUGAUUCCUGCAAUAGAUCAAGGAUAUGUUCACCUUCCAACAACCGCUUAUCCAAUAACGACGAUUUCUUUGCUUCUUCAGCCUACCAAAAUUCAAGAGCGACAUCAAAAGGGAUGUAUCAAUCCUCUAAAGCAAACCUGGAAGCUGAGAAUUGGUUUUUUUGGACUGGCAAAAGACGUUUGAAGGACGAUGUUUCUGCUUUUCGGCAAAAGGAAUCGCAUGCAGCAGAACCGGACGGAAGCCCUUGUACCAACACUACCUUAACGAAGAAAAUAGGCAGGUCUCCAUCCGUUUGUAAGAAUGAUAUUGGCAGCGCUUCCACAACUGUAAACCUAGAUGCUAAUCCGUACUUUAAUGGAAGUUCUGAGCAAACUGAAGUUCCUACGGCUAACAACAGUGCGAUAACACCCUCUUCAAAGAGAUUAAAAACUUCGACUGUGGAAUCUGUUAAUUCGAACGUUACUAACAGUGGUAAGAGCUCUCGGAAGAGGAAAUCAUCCCAGACACCAACUGCAUCGAAGUCAAGAAUAAGUAUUUCACAGAAGAAGUUACCACAAGCUGAUGUAGGAUGCAGUACCGCUGUGGCGUCUCCACCGAACGGAGGUAACCAACAAGCAACACCCAAAUUCUUGCUGGUUGAUUCAAAUGCUACUAGGAGUGGUAAGAACUCUCGAAAGAGGAAAUCACCACAAACACCAGCUGCACCCAAGUCAAGGAUAAAUAAUUCGAAGAAGCAAUCGCUAGAAGGAAGUACGGGUAAUAAUACUGAAGCACUCCCAUCAAAGAAAACUAAGACAAAAGCAACUCCAAAGGCUUUAAUGUCUGCUGAUUCAAGUGGUGGUAGUAAUGUCAAUGCAUCUAGAUCUCGGAAAAGAAAUUUAUCUCAUUCUCAGCAAACACCACCUAUGUCCAGACAUAAUGCUCAGAAGCAACCUUCAACUGCAAGUACUUCAUCAACUUCAAAGAAGGGAAAAUCUACCACCAAAUCGCAAACACCUCAUGUCGCGGAAAGCACCAGUUUCUCUAAAAAUGAGGCGAGCUCCUUUGAAACCCCGAAGGUUGUCAAAUCACAGAAGUCAGCUUCAUCUGGCAGCAAAAGCAAGAAGCGAACUUCUAAAACUCCCAGAAAUGUGGAGACUCAACCCAGUGCAAAACGUAGUUCCAAGAAGAGCGAAAAAGAAGAGGAAAUUGUGAAGGUAUGCUUAGUGCGAAGUCCGAACGUGAACAUUUCAGCAGUUGAGGAUACUUCUACACUGUCCAAACAAAGCCGAGAAAUUCCCCUUCAUAUAGAAGGAUCAAAAAAUAAGAAAGUUGUGCCCUUAAGCGCGAAAGUCACUGCUAAAGCACAGCGCAAACUACGAUCAACAAGAAAAACUUUUACCCCAGGAACUACGAAAAAGCCCUCGAAGAAAUCCAAGAUAUCAGUAAACACCUCUAGAACGAAGAAUGGCAAUGGAAAAAGAAAGUUUUCGGCGAAGGUUGUGAAUGAAGUGAUCUCGAGAAAAGAUACGAUGAAGCAGUCAAACCAGAACGGAGACCUAGGAUAUGCUUCUGCUAUUUUACUGCAGUCCCCAUCAAUCCACAAAAGUUCUCUUGUUCCAUUCAACUCACAGAAAUUGUCUGCAUCCAAGAAGCCUGAAAAGAGUUCUGAUGGCAGCGAUUUCGAACGAGUUGUCACACCGCUUAAUGGGGAGCCUGUUGCAUUUAGUUUUUGGAACGGGAAUGUCAACAGCGUCGUGCAGUCCUACGACCAUACUUUCGCGAACUUUGGCAAACCCUCGACUAUUCUUGGCUUUGAUGCUGGAGAUGUGAGGCGAAAUUGUCAGGAGGACGCUCAACAAAGCACUCUUUCUGCUUUUCUCAGUUGUGCACGAAAAUAUUCUUUAUCCGAAGCAGAAAGUGUGUCAGUGGAUGAAGCUAUGAAGGAAGAUCGCCGAGCCAUGGCUGCUGCGAGAAAUCGUAAUCGACAGCUCAUCUCGGGCUAUUACGUCUGA